GGUCCUACGUUUCAAAACAAUCGAAAUGGCGGCGACUGUAAGAUGGAGUCUAAUGCGCUAUCUACGGUUUCACUCAUCAGCACAACAGUUUAGAUUGCCAUUAAAUGAAAGAAGUCAGUGUUAUUCACUCUGGGCUGCCCAGACCCACAGAAUAAAGUCUUAUCAGUAUGAAAGCAAAGCAUUUUCAGUGCGAAAGCUUUCAAUUUUAACUCAGGACACCCCGAAUCCUAGAAGUUUAAAGUUUCUUCCUGGUAAGCCUGUGCUGGGGACGGGAACUAAGGAUUUCCCCACUUCAGACUCGGCUGAAAAUUCCACUUUAGCCAAGGAUCUUUUUGAAAUUGAAGGCAUAAAAAGUGUUUUUUAUGGCCCAGAUUUUAUCACUCUCACUAAGAGAGAUGAUGACGUUGAAUGGACAGAGAUUAAAAGGCAUGCCGUUGAGGUCAUCACUAAAUUUUUUGAGAGUGGUGAGCCCAUCACAACUGGAGCAACACAUGCUGAGAGCACUGUCACAGAGGAUGAUGAUGACAUUGUCUCUAUGAUCAAAGAACUUUUAGACACACGAAUCAGACCUACAGUACAGGAGGAUGGUGGUGAUGUCAUAUUCAAGGGCUUUGAGGAUGGCACUGUAAAGCUAAAGUUAGUUGGCUCCUGCACAGGCUGCCCAAGCUCCACGGUUACCCUAAAAAAUGGCAUCCAGAACAUGCUACAGUUUUAUAUACCUGAGGUCGACAAUGUAGAACAGGUAGAGGAUGAAGUGGAUGAGAUCAACUCUAAAGUGUUUGGUGAACUGGAAAAGAAACUGCAAGACUAGUAAUAUGAGGUCCUGUUCUGUACCCGAUAUUUCAACUUAAUGUUAAUGUGUUUUACAGUGGGAUUUCACCGUAAAUGUGUUUUAGAUUUCUAAAUCUAUAAUAUGAUUUCGAAUUCAAGCAAGUGCAAAGUCUUCAAAAGUUUUUGUGGUUUUGUUAUCUUUGUGAAUAUUGUGAUUGCACCAAGAUAAAGAAUCACUGAGCUCUGCACUUUAUACCAUCACGAAUCACUCAUAUUCCAGCACUUACUGUGUUUAAAGAUAAGGAUUUGUCAUGGUUUAUAAGUGGUUUUCUUUAACUUGUCCUUGUGAAAAUCUUCAAAUGUAAGUGGUUAUGCUUGUAAUAUAAAUAUUUAUUGUAUAUUGCCAUUUCACAGACAUACCAUCAUUAGGUCAGAAUAUAUUUAAGAUGUCAAUAAUUGCAUCGAUUCUAAAUCAUUAUUAAACUUAAAAAUGCUGUGUUUAGAGCUGAUCUUUCACCUUGCACAGACGCUUGCUUUGAAAUUUGUUGUGGAAGAUUUGUUAGUAUUCAUUGUGCAUUGUUAGUUGCUACAUCUGCCAGUCAGCAGCUUUGGAGGACCUAUAAUAAAACUAACAGCUAUGUAAGAACA